CCGCGGGCAGCAGAAAGGAGAUUCUGCCGCCUUGAACGGCACAACAGGACAUUGUGGGGGGAAAACGCACGGCAAUUACAUUUUAGCGACGAAAUGGAUGAUAAUGAUUACCUCCACAUCGGCUCCUCAGUGCUGGUCAACCACAGUCACCAGAGGCCCCUGGCCUCCCAGCCCCCGAUUGCCUCCAUGGUGACCCACCUGCACCCAUCUGUUAUCAGCAGCCUAGGACCGCCCUACACUAUCAUCACAUCUUCAUCACUGAGCUCAUCGGCCUCCUCCAUGACCAGUACACCCAGUGUGGGCUACAGUCCUCAGAUGAGCCAUCUAAGCAGUUCCGAGGAUGUGAAGAACAGUAACAGCAGUUUUAGAAGCUAUCAGUGCAUCAGUCCAGGCUCCCUGUCCAAACACAUCUGUGCCAUCUGUGGAGAUCGCUCCUCAGGAAAGCACUAUGGGGUGUACAGUUGUGAAGGCUGCAAGGGCUUCUUCAAGAGAACAGUCCGGAAGGACCUGACGUACAUGUGCCGGGACAGCAAGGAGUGUCUAAUAGACAAGCGUCAGAGGAACCGCUGCCAGUACUGUCGCUACCAGAAGUGCCUGGCCAUGGGUAUGAAGAGGGAGGCUGUGCAGGAAGAGAGGCAACGAGGACGAGACAAGAGUGAUAGUGAAGUUGACUCCAGCAGCAGUUUAAACGAGGACAUGCCGGUCGAGAAGAUUCUAGAUGCCGAAUUAGCCGUGGAGCCGAAAACAGAGGCAUACAUACACUCUAAUGCGGGCAACUCAACCAAUGACCCCGUGACCAACAUCUGCCAGGCAGCUGAUAAGCAGCUCUUCACUCUGGUGGAGUGGGCCAAGCGCGUCCCCCACUUCUCUCAGUUAUCCCUGGACGACCAGGUCAUCCUCCUUCGUGCAGGCUGGAAUGAACUCCUCAUCGCCUCCUUCUCUCAUCGCUCGGUAACAGUGAGGGAUGGCAUUGUGCUCGCCACUGGCCUGCAUGUGCACCGCAGCAGUGCCCACAGCGCAGGGGUGGGCUCGAUCUUCGACAGGGUGCUCUCUGAGCUGGUGUCUAAGAUGAAGGACAUGCACAUGGACAAGACUGAGCUAGGCUGCCUUAGAGCCAUCGUGCUCUUCAACCCAGAUGCUAAAGGGCUGUCAAGUCCAUCUGAGGUGGAGGCACUGAGGGAAAAGGUGUAUGCCUCACUGGAGUCCUAUACCAAGUACAAAUACCCAGAGCAGCCAGGCAGGUUUGCCAAGCUUCUGCUGCGGCUUCCCGCUCUGCGCUCCAUAGGCCUGAAGUGCCUGGAGCAUCUCUUCUUCUUCAAGCUCAUUGGAGACACGCCCAUAGACACCUUUCUGAUGGAGAUGCUCGAAGUGCCUCACCAAAUCACAUGACACCAUUGGUGUCCCUGUAAAUACUCACCCCAAAUACCCUCCUUUGCACAAAUCCACCCCAGAGUAACAGAGAUUCUUGUUCUUGCUUUUUUUUUACUUCAGUGUAAAAUAUGGUUUGUAAUGGCAUUUUGAGAGUAAGAUUCAAAGUAUUGUAAACUUUGAUUUUGUAAAUAGAUUUGUAUCAAUUAUGAUACCAAUGACAUAACGCAGUAUGUUCAAUGGAAACCUGUACUAAACUAUACUAAAAGUCACUGCCAUGUAUUUUAUAAUGCUCCAUUAAAAUAAAGUU